AUGCAUUGGAGACAAAACACAAGAUUUAUUUUAAUAUUGACUAUGGCCUUGCAAGUUAUGCACUUUGGAAAAGGCUAUAGCAAAGAGGAGGAUGGACAUGAGACUGGACAAAAUGAUGCUACAGCCCAAAAGUAUUUCACAAAAGACCAAGCUACCACGUUAAAAGCCUUCAGUGGAAUGAAUCAAAGCUAUGAGAGCGGAAAGCAGGUGGACUCUAGGCCAAUGUUGCCUUUCACAGGUCUUACACAGAGUAAAACACUGAACCGGCACUGCUGUCAAAAUGGCGGGACCUGUAUCCUGGGCAGCUUUUGCGCUUGCCGCAAACACUUCACUGGCAGACACUGUGAGCAUGAUGAACGGAAGAGCAACUGUGGCCCGUUCACACAUGGGGAAUGGAUACAAAAAGAUUGCCAGUUGUGCCGGUGUGGUUAUGGUGUCCUACACUGUUUAUCGGAACAAAUGCAAAACUGUGCUCUAAGCGAGGAAGAGGAUUUUUUCCAUUUACCUUCAAAUUGUCCAAGUUUAGAACAAACAAUGUGCUUUCUUAUUCUCCUACUAUGCUGCUCCUUUGCAUUGUUUUGCACAAAGCUCUCCUAUUGA